GUUUGCGUUUGGACACGGCACACUAAUGGACUGCUUGGAGUAUUUUAUCGAUUCCCGGCGAUGCCGAACUCCGCUUUUAAGUUGUGGCCGUUGGCGUUGGCAGGUUGGCAGCCCUGGCUUUGUCGCGAGUAAAAGGAAAAGGCGAGCGAGUGAAAGAGAAAGAGAGAGCGCAGCAGAAGAAGAAGAGAGAGGGCUGGAGGAAAGGGGGAGACGAAGAGGCGGUAGCCACAGCAGCAGCAGCCACAAGAGCGGAGAGAGAGAGAGGGGGAGAGAGAAAGGUCCCGGAAGACGCUAAAGGCGGACAGAGAGAAAGAGAGUGGCCGAGUGGCGGCGGAGGUGGUGGAGGUUGUGCUGUUGCCCCGCGGUGUGCUGUGUGCUCGCGCUCCGCGCUCUCGCUCGCGCAGGCAGUAGUAGAGUGAGUGGGGAGGGAGAGAGGCGAGCGGUGAUGGCGACGAGGCCGAGGUCCAGCCCGUGUUCUGUCAGCGGUCCACCGUCAGGCAGUGCUUGUUGACCACCGUCUCGCCAUGGCCGCCGCGGCCGCGGCCCCGCUGCUGCCGUCGUUCCACCAGCGGUUCGCGCACGCCAACGGCGCCCCGGGGGCCCUCGGCUCCGUGACGCGGCGCUCGUUCCGCCCCAAGGAGAGGUUCCUCAUCCUGCUGGUGUUCGGGACGUUCGCGCUGGUCUGCUUCGGGGCCUUCUUCUACCUGCCCGAGUACUCCGGCGCCGGCCCCGCGCACCGCGUCUAUGGCAAGGUCCUGGAGAGCGUCCAGAAGGCGGGGCCGGACCUGCUGAUGCCCGCGGCCGCCCUCGAGAACCCGGGCCUCGUCCGUCACGACGGCGGCCCCGAGGCCUCCGCCAGGCACCUGGACCCGCACUCGGCCGGCGACCGGGCCAAGCUGCUCGCCAAGAUGAAGGAGGACGCCGAGAUGGAGCGGCUCAAGAACCCCAAGGUCCUGGAGCGGCCCGAGAUGGCCGUGGCGCGGCCCGGGGUCGGCUCGAGCGCCGGGCCCGCCGGCCUGCGCCCGUCGCCGGCCUUCCCGGAGGGCGCCUCCCCCGCGCCGGCCCACGGCGGCGGCGCCCCCCGCAGGGUGGUCACCGUGCCGCCCCGCGAGUGCGAGGACUCGUGCCCGCGCACCACGGGCGGCGAGGACCCCGACCCGCUCGUCAGGCAGAAGCGGGACAAGGUCAAGGAGAGCAUCGACGUCUCUGUCUUUGAGACCAACAUUCGUUUUGUGGGUGGCCUGCUGACCUGCUAUUCGCUGACUGGUGACGUCAUGUUCAGGGACAAGGCAGAACACAUAGCAGAGAAGCUGCUGCCUGCGUUCCAAACGCCCACCGGUAUUCCCAAUGCACUAAUCAAUUUGAAGACUGGGUUCAGUAAGAAUUAUGCUUGGGCAAGUGGAGGAUCAAGUAUUCUUUCCGAGUUUGGCACUUUGCACCUUGAGUUUUCAUAUUUGUCGGAUGUGACAGGCAAUCACAUUUACAGAGAAAAGAUAGAUGAAAUUCGUAGAGUUCUUCGUUCCACUGCCAAACCAAGAGGACUAUAUCCCAAUUAUCUUAACCCUAAAACUGGCAAAUGGGGUCAGCAGCACAUAUCUAUGGGUGCAUUAGGAGACAGCUUUUAUGAGUAUCUCCUCAAGGCUUGGAUUCAGUCCAAUCAAGAUGACCAAGAAGCUAGAGAAAUGUUUGAUGAAGCUCUUAGUAACAUGUUUAUUCACAUGUUAAAAGUGUCACCUGGAGGUCUGACAUAUUUUGCAGACAUGAAGUUUGAGUCUGUUGAACAUAAAAUGGAUCAUCUAGCAUGUUUCUCAGGUGGUUUACUAGCUCUGGCUGCAAAGACUCAAAAGAAUGAGAUGACUGAUCAGUACCGAAAGGCAGCUGCUGGCAUAACAAAUACUUGCCAUGAGUCAUACGAUCGAUCUGCUGUGAAACUUGGUCCAGAAGUAUUCCGUUUCACUGAAUCCUUAGAAGCCAAGGCCCUCAGAGUUUCUGAAAAGUAUUAUAUUCUCAGGCCUGAAGUUAUUGAGUCUUACUUUGUGCUGUGGAGAACAACUCAUGAUCAAAAAUACCGAGAUUGGGCAUGGGAGGCCGUUCAGGCUAUUGAGAAGCACUGUAGAGUACCUGGAGGAUACACAGGACUCAAAAAUGUGUACCAGGAUCAUCCUGUGAAGGAUGACGUUCAGCAGAGUUUCUUCCUUGCUGAAACACUUAAGUACCUAUAUCUCAUAUUCAGUGACGAUUCAUUCUUUUCCCUUGAUGAUUGGGUUCUGAACACUGAAGCUCAUCCAUUACCAAUCAAAGAUAGAAACCCUUACUACAGAGGGGCAGAAGUUCGAGGAGAUAAUUAGAAAUAGUAUCUAGGAUCGCAAUGUAAUAUGUUGGCUGUGUCUAUUCUGCUCUUUGGUAACUUCACUCUUCAGACUGAUAGGGUUCCUUGCCCCUAGAGGAUACCCAACUCGACUUCAACGUGCUUGAGUUCAGUCAUGUAUUAACUAUUCAAAUUGAAUAUUGUAAAGCACUGCAUGACAGGAAGUAGUAAACAUAAUUAUUAGAAUGAAGUUCCAUGGGAAAAAAUUACUUGCAGAAAAGGAGUCAAUUGUAAAAUAUUUUCUCUUUCUCUAAGUUAUUUACAUCUGACCUUCUCUUCUGCUCCUGCCAUGCAUGUAGUUACUGCCAAGGGUACUGUGUACUUCAUUUAGAUGGUGUUUUUUUCUUUUAAUAUUAUUAUUGUACAUAGAAACUAAAUCUCAUGAAGAAUAUCAAAUUUUAUAUAUCUAAGGAUAUUUAUAUGAAUGUGUGCGCCAUUAAUGUAUCAUAUGUGGUAAAUGAAAUGUGAAAUGUGUUUCAGACAGAUAUUCUUCACAAUUGUUUCCUGUCUGCUAGUGUUUGGGAAGUAUGUUGUGCGUUUUUUGUCUAGAGAAAGUCAAAUGUGAUACUGUAUUAUAAAAAGCAAAUAUAUGUAUAGCCAAUGUGGUUACCAUAGUAUUUUGGUGAUGUUCCUUGGUUUCUCAGUCGCUUUUUUCUGCCAUGUUCAUGCUUUGAAUUGUCUAAGUACAUAGUUUGUAUGUUCAUGUUUUUUUCUUUAAAAAAUUAAUUAAUUGGAAACAUUAACAAAUGUUCUCCUGUUGUAUAUACUUUUCUGAUAUUGUGAUAAAUUUUCCUUUUUGUGAAUGAUAGUGUGUGAGGAAAGUGUUGAAGUUUGUGUGUUAUUACAAAUGAAUAGCUCUUUAAAACAAGUUGGAGGUACUGAGUACUGUUCCUAGUUUGCACCCCAUGCACAUGUUUUUGUGUGAGAAUACAAUUUUAGCAGAUAGGUUUCGUGCAAAUGGAUUUCCAGUUGAACAGUCAUUCUGUUAUGUCCUUAAAUUGCUUUUAACUUCUUUUUCUGUUGGUUCUCAGACUGGGGUGUGAGCUUAGGUUUGGAAGUUUUUAGUCUUCUGAUGUGUGAAAGCACGAACAUGGGCAGUAGUUGUAUGAAUUGUAAAUUGAUUGUUGAAGUUGGAAUGAGGUUCUGUUUUGUUUUUCUUUAUUUCUUGUUUUGUUAUGGUGAAGGCAAUUAUGGAGUGGUUGUCUAGAUUCCACAUUUAUCGCUAUAAUUUAUCUGAUAAUUUCUUUGAAGAAAUAUAACAUUCCAAUGAAGUUCAUUACAUCAAUCACUGUAUCCUUAUUUUAACUUCUCAAAUGAAAGGUUCAUAUUGUGUACUAUUUGCUGCUAUUUUAUAAAGCGUUUUUCUGUUGAAGUCAGUAUGACGGUCACUGAAUUCAUUUGCUACAAAACACUUCUUUGUUGACAUUAACAUCACAUUUUGUUUGGCUCAAGACACCAAGAUACUGACGAUGGUUAUUUACAUAGUAUUGGCCACAAACUUUUCCUCAAUUACUGAGUAAAACUCAAAUGCAAUACCAUGGUAAAUCCUUAAGGUGUGAAUCUAUGGUUUUUUGUUUUUGUAAGUUUUUAAUUUACAUGUUUCCGUCCUCUUUCUCUUCCUCUUUGAUUUUGUAUACCGAAUUGCCUACCAUAGUUCCAAGCUUCUAAAGAGUAUCCCUUUCCACGCACAUUGUUGAGUGGAGGUUGUGGUCAUUGAUGACAUUUUCUUUUUCUUUGACAUUUAACCCUGGAAUAAUUCCUGGUUCAAAUUGUUUCAUGUGGUAGGUAACUUUUUCUUCUUUGGUGUUUUAAUCAGUGUUAACCCUUUUUCUGAGAAUGUGUUUGUGUUUAAUGAUCUGCCGUUACUUUGUGUAUUUUUUUAUUCCUUUUCUUUUGCAUUUUGAUUCUGUACUACGCGUUUCCACCCUCAUUAGUCUUGUUGAUGCAUAUUACAUUAAAACAUGAGUUGUUUGCAUUGUUUUAAUUUAUGUUUGUUGAAUAAUACUUUGCAUUUUAUUUCUAUGUUAAGAUAUUUGCUAAACAGAUGGUAUUAGUGUUAAUGCCAUGUGUAUUAUUUAUUUGAUCUGAAAAUGCCAAUGAUCUGUUAAUUUUAUUGAAUAUGGAACCACUCAAGAUCCUUGUGAAAACACUUGGAAUUUGUUGCCAUUGUUAUAAAAUUGGAAAGGUCCUGAUAUUGAAGAAUAGACUCAAAGAGGUUGGUGCCAAAUUUGUGAAUAUGUAGGGAAGUAAUUUUCCAACCUAGUUGUUUGUAAUUAAAUAAUUACACUUCCAUUAGGUACCCAUUUGUCAAAGGUCGUAUUCAGUACUGAGAAUUUCACUGCGGUACUUCCUUUGUUGUUGCUUGUUUUUGGUUUUUGAAUAAUUCAAAAUUAACUUACCUGUUUUAUGCCUUUGAAAAUCCACAGUAGUACAAUGCUCAGUGUUUAUUGAUGCCUUGUACAUACGCAGUGCUAGCCUUAAUUUUUAUUUUCAGAUCUUCUGAGUAUCAUCCAAAUUUUAGUCAAGCUACAUGUUUUUAUACUUUAUAACUGACAGUAACCCUGUGCCUGUACGUAACUUCUAUUACUCUAUUGGUUGUUUCUCUAUGUUUGUGGGUGGAUUUUUGGCUGCUCCCUUAGCAAGUGCUGCCCACAAUAGCUUAGAACAAGGGCUUUGUACAGUAAAAACCAGAACAUUUAUUCUUGUGACUUUAAACUAUCACUUGUAUUUUUCUGGAACAUAAUUUACUGUUCACUUUUUCAAAAUUUGAUAUUAAUAAGACCACAAUAAUGUAUAAUGAGUUAUAGCAAGUGUAACAGUGAUUAUCACUGCCAAAAUUUGCAGAUCUAUUUUCAUUGAAUGUCAGCAUUCUCAUUGUUCAUUUUAAGCAAUGGUGUGCCAGGUAUAUGAAGUGAUUCAAAUGAUACUACACCAAGAUCUGUUUGAUUAUUUGUCAAGGGACUUGUUGAACACCCCACCUCCUUCACAACUCGGAAAUUUACUCUGCGUGUACUUUUUAGGUUAGCAGUCAUCAAAAUUUAUGUAUUCAUAGCCAAAAGUGGCAAAAGUAGAAAAAGAUGUUACUAAUUUUUGUGAUCCAUAUCUGCUAGUGUUUGUUUAGGAACUUCUUUUGAUGUCAGUGGAUAAUCAUUCUGGAGUUGACCUGUGGAUAUUUUAAAAACAAAACCAAAAACAACUUGUGGAUUUCACAGUGAUUUUUUUCCCUUUUGCAAGUUAUCUUUAUAUUUACAGUAGAGGGUAAACAUUCACCCUCACUGCAGUAAAUUGUGGAUAUGUCCACUCUUGGGGUGUGUUGUCGGGACCAGGGCGGUUUCAAUUUGUCCCUCUGCAUGGUGAUGCAUUGCAUAAUUGUUUUAUUAUUGAUUGCUGGUUGAGUGAGAACAUAGUUAUUCCUGCUCUUUGAUAUUUUGUAUAGACUGACAUAUUCUUUUAUACAUUGUGAUAGCUUUAAUGCAGUAAAGCUUGUCCUAUUGUACAAAGUUAGAUCCAUCAGUCAAAAUUUAUUUAAAAAGGUAUUCCUGAUGUUAGUUAGGUUUUCUUAGACGAAGCACUCUUGCACCUGUUUUAUAAUGUACAUUCAUUUAGUAAUCUCACUAUCAAGACAAGCAGUAGAUCGGAAAAUUUUAAACAAACUAUGUUUUCUUAAUCAUUUUAACAUAUUUUUAGUCCUGUCUAUUAGCUCUUCAUUAAUUGCAAUAUGUAUCAGUAAAAUCAGUAACUCAAGAUUACUUGAAACAUGCUCACUUGAAAGAUAUUUCAAUGUGUAAAAAUUUUGGGCCUAAAGUAAUUUUACACUUUAAAGCGAUGCUCGAUUGUGCAUUGUCGUAAAUUUAUAAUUCAACUAAAACUACAAUUGAUGGAGUGUUCAGUGUGGCCGAUUUGUAUCCGUCUGUGAAAUACACAGAAAGACGAGUA